AGGUUUGUGCCUCCAACCAGGGUUAACUGACAAUAGUGGAAACAGAGCACACUGCGCUGAACACAGAAACUGGUCUCAUUCAUUCAUUCAUUCAUUCAUCACCAUCAUCAGAGAAUCAGAAUGGUGAAAGCAAGUGCAGAAUCAGCAGUACCUGAAUCAGUGACGGAUUCAGUGACCACCACACUCUCCAACCUUCAAGAAUUGCGAACUCACUUCCACCAAUUCCUCUCUCUCACCGACCCUGAAACUCUCUCCCAACUCCCUCCUCUGCAGCGCGCUCAAUCCCUCUUCCUCCUCUCCAAAAUCACCUCCACCCUCCUCGCAUUGAAUCUUAGGUGUUCUGGGAUUAACCCAGAUGAUCAUCCUGUUAAAUCAGAGCUUGAUAGAGUAAACUUGUAUGAAGAUAAACUGGAUCGUUUGCUUGAUUUGAGUAAAGCCCCGUUACGGCCCUCUACUACCUUGAACUAUCAGGCGGCUACACGCUUCAUAGAACACUCUCUGCCUGACCUCACCUCAGAGCAAAGGCAGAAUAUGAGGAACAUAAGUAGGGGGGAGGGACCUAAGAAGAACCAUCAGGAGCGGGCUGCUAAAAAGAGGAAGUAUCAAUCUUCUGAGAAGACAUCGGUUCAAGCUGCUGCCCAGGAGUUUCUGGAGAAAGCAGCCAGGGAGAUUCUUGGGCAUAAUGAUGGCGGUGUUAAGGGACCCAUGCAAAUUAACAAUUCAGAGGAUGGCGAUGAUGAUGAAGAAUUACCUGUGUCCUGAUUUUCCUGAUUCUGGUAGAGUCUCUUGUCAGUUCUUAUUUGCUUUACCAGCUUAUUGUACCAAAUAUAUGUGUUACGUUAUAGUAACCGUUAUGCUAGGUGCUGAGAAUUUUUGAUACAUUUUGGGCUAAAAAUACAUUUUAGAGGAUCUUCUGACAUUUGUCGACAAACCUAUUAGAUAUGUGCAGUGUUGUGGACCACCAGAUAGGAACCUAUAUUGCAUUUGAUAAUCUUAGAUAUGAAUUUUUUUUGCUA